ACCAGCAAGGAAGUGGCGGCUUUGUUAACCGGGCUGAAUGUUGUUCCUCGGCCAAACCGGACCUCCACGUACCGACCGCAGCCUGGCAGCAAAGUCCCGGACACGGUGGACUGGAGGGAGAAAGGAUGCGUUACGGAUGUGAAGAAUCAGGGCUCCUGUGGGUCGUGCUGGGCGUUCAGUGCUGUGGGAGCCCUCGAAGCCCAGGUGAAGCUGAAGACGGGGAAGCUGGUGUCUCUGAGCGCCCAGAACCUCGUUGACUGCUCCAUGAUGUACGGGAACAAAGGCUGCAGUGGAGGUUUCAUGACCGGAGCUUUCCAGUACAUCAUUGACAACCAAGGGAUUGACUCAGAUGACUCCUACCCCUACACAGCUCAGAAUGGCACAUGUCAAUACAAUGCUUCCACACGAGCCGCCACUUGCUCCAAAUACGUUGAGCUCCCAUACGCCGACGAAGAAGCCCUGAAAGAUGCUGUAGCCAACAUCGGACCAGUCUCUGUUGCCAUUGACGCCACCCAGCCCACCUUCUUCUUGUACAGGUCAGGUGUGUAUGAUGACCCCCGGUGCAAACAGGAGGUGAAUCACGGAGUGCUCGUGAUCGGCUACGGCACCCUAAACGAUAAGGAUUACUGGCUUGUGAAAAACAGUUGGGGUGUGCGCUUUGGUGACGAGGGCUAUAUCCGCAUGUCAAGAAACCACGCGAACCAUUGCGGGAUCGCCAGUUAUGCCUCCUACCCGCUCAUAUAG